AUGAGAUUCACUACUACACUCCUUCUUGCAGCCACUGCUCACGCUGCCACCAUCACUAGAUGGCACACCACUGUCAAUGUCAUCACUUCUUCAUAUGACACCACCACCAUCAGCACGUUACCUCCUACUACUGUGGUCAUUGACGGUAACGGACUGACUAUUGGUGAACAGCCAGAGACUGCUAAGCCAGAGUCUCCAGCUGCCCCAACCCCAGCUGCUCCAUCUCCUGAAGCUCCAUCUCCAGAGACUCAAUCUCCAGAAACCCCAACUGUUGUCACUCCUUCGACAUCCUCCUCCUCGUCCUCCUCGUCUAUCAACUGGGUUCCAACUACUUUGAGCACUGCGACUGCUUCUUCAUCGUCGUCUUCUUCUACUUCUUCCACUCCUUCCACCUCCAGCUCCUCGUCUUCUGGACCUGCUCCAACCGAGGGCCUCAAUGAGUUCCAGCGUGAUAUCUUGGAACAGACAAACAAGAAGAGAGCUCUUCAUUCUGCCCCAGCCCUCGAGUGGGACUGGAAGUUGACUGAUUUCGCAGCCAACUACGCUAAGAAAUUCGACUGUAACAAUGUCAAGUUGAUCCACUCUGAUGGCCCAUACGGUGAGAACUUGGCUGCCGGUUUCGUUGGCGGUAAAGACCCAGUCAAUGCUUGGUACGAUGAAAUCAAGGAUUACGACUACUCCAACCCAGGCUACUCUGAAGCCACUGGUCACUUCACCCAGCUCAUCUGGAAGGACAGCUCCAAGAUGGGUUGCGCCAAGGUGACUUGUGAUAACGUCUGGCGCCAGUACACUAUUUGUGAGUACUCUUCUCGUGGAAACAUCGUUGGCACCUCCCUGCCGGUCACUGCCAAAUACUUCAGCGCUAACGUCUUGCCUUUGCUGUCUUAG